AACCGGAGCAAAUGUCGACCGGUCUAACACUGUCAGAAUCCUCCUCCUCUGCCGCCGCCGCCGCCUUCACCAACAAAGACAAUGCCGAUGACCUCUACGCCGCCGUGGACAUGGGCACGAAUUCCUUCAAGCUCCUAAUUGUUCGAGCUGACCCUUCCACUGGCCGCUUUCUCCCAAUCGACCGCCACAAGGAGCCGGUCCUCUUAGGCCUCGAUGCCACUACAACCGCCGCCACGGUCAUUUCUCCUUCCUCCGUGGACCGCGCCAUCGCCGCCCUCAGCAAAUUCCAGCAAAUCAUGCACUGUCUCCACAUUCCCUCCUCCCAUUCCCGCUUCGUCGCCACCUCCGCCGUGCGUGAAGCCUCCAACCAGUCCGAGUUUCUCUUCAAGCUCCAUCAGAACCUUAACCUCCACGUGGACGUCCUCUCCGGUCAAGAAGAGGCCGGCCUCAUUUACUUCGGCGUCCUCCAGUUCAUUCCGGUCGUUAACGAUACAGUUCUCACUAUCGACAUCGGCGGCGGGUCGACUGAAAUUAUCAUAGGUAAAAAUGGGAAAACUUUGCAUGCAAUUUCGUUGAAAUUAGGGCAUGUUACUUUAACACAGCAGUUCAUAGAAAUUACGAAAAUGCGGGAGCAUGUUAGAAGUGUGAUAGAUCAUUCAGGCCUAGUUGAUAAAGUUAAGGAGUAUAAGAUUGAUAAAGUGUUAGGUUCAUCAGGAACAAUUAAGGCAAUUGAGGAGGCAGUAUACAAAGGAUAUGCUAAGAAAAAUGCAGGAGAAAUUAAAGAAAUUGAUAAAAGGGAUUGGAGAUUUAAUAAGGAGGAGUUGAUUGAGCUGGUGGAGGGUUUGGGAGUAAAAGGGAAGAAAAGAAGGGAGGGAUUUUUCAAGAAGAGGGCUGAGUUUAUAUUAGCAGGGGCGGUUUUAUUGGAGGAAAUAUUUGAGGGGCUUGGCAUUGAGGAAAUGGAGGUAUCUGAGUUUGCAUUGGGUGAGGGUGUUAUUGCAGAAAUGUUGAGGAAGGUUUGUAAAAGAUCUAGUGAUUGGGAGGUAGAUGUGCGGUGGCGAUCUGUGGUGAGGCUAGUGACAAGGCUCAAUAGUAAGAAGAGGAUGAAGGCUUCUGUAAUGUGUGCUGCGAUAACAAAGGACAUAUUUGAAGGGAUAAAGAAGUGGAAUGAGGUUGAUAAUCAGCUAGUGGUAUGCUUUGAGGACAAGGACCUUGAAUAUCUUGAAGCUGCUUGUUUGCUUCACAAUAUUGGUCUGUAUGCUGGCAAGAAAGGGUAUCACAAGCAAUCUUAUCAAGUCAUAAUUAAUGGUAAUCAUCUUCAGGGGUACAGUGACAAAGAGGUUAAGUUAAUAGGACUACUUGUGAAGCAUCACCGAAAGAAAAUUCCCAAGUCUGAUGUUGAUUUGCUGGAGGGGUUUGAAGAAGAGGUGAAGCUUAAGUUCAGAAUGCUUUGUGCUAUACUACGGCUAUCUGCCAUUGUACUGCAAUUUCAGUCUGUAGGCAUUCAAACAUUCAAAUUUUCAUGUUCUGAUGAAGGUUUUAGGCUGGUUCUUGGUGAGGCAAGAAACCAACCUCAAUCAUCUUGUACUCUACAUCCAUUAGCAGGGGACCUCAAGGAAGAGAUAGACAAAGAGGUGGAGAACUUCAGAAUGGUUUUUGCAAAGCAAUUGUCAGUCAUGAUUCCUUGCAGCACUUGAUUGUGGUCAGAAGAUGAAGAUACUUGCAAAACAAGGGAUACAUCACACUGGUAAUUUGUAGGUUUAGCUGUUGUAAUGAUUACAUAGAUCCCGUUAGCAUCUUUUUCUUGUAACCAGAAACUUAAAUUUGGCUAGAAAACAGAUUCUCUUAUUCUCUUUAAAUAUGUAAAUGCUGGCUGUCAUAUUCUAGUGUAAUAGCAAAUCCAACAGCGUACAUUUU